UGAUAAAACACAACAGCAAAAAAACAGUGGGAAAAUCUUGUGCAAAAAAACAAAAAAGGGAAAUUAUUUGUACCGUUACCAAGUGAAAUGAUGAACAUUGCGCUCCGGCGGCGUCUGCUGCUCCUCUGGAUGCUGCACUUGCUCGCCGAUGCGGCAGCUGCGCUCACCGUGGACAAUCAGCUGGUCUCGGCGCGCAAUGAUUGCUUCGAGCGCAUCGCAUUGGAGGCAAUGCUGCCAUUUGAGAAGACCUUCCGCACCGAAGACACCAACUCGCUGAAGAUGUGCAAGGAGAAGUGCUUGCAGGCGGGCGAGAAGUGUCAGGCGAUCUCGUUCGGUGUUCAUCGACGCGGAAACGGCACAUGUCAAUUGUCAUCGGAGCAGUAUGGUGGCGGGAGCGGGCGGCCCGGUGGCGUCAUCUUCGAUCCCGACUUUGAUCUGUAUGCGCGCAAGACGAAUUGCUUCGAUUUGAGCGACAAUCAGCUGGACGGUGCUUCGAGUCCGAUCAGUACGGGCGUAACGCCCGUGAAUUUACCCAAUCGCCCGAUCGAUGUGGGCAAUACGCCAGUGCUGGUCGUGGAUCCCACGCCGCACACCACUCAUCCGGAUGUGCCGGCCCAGCCGCCGCCAGUGCCGCCCACUGGACCGCCGCCGGGCGUCGGCGAUCGUCUCUAUUUCUCGCAUGAAAUCUAUCCGCUCUACAAAUACCCGACGCUCUACGAGCACAGCUAUCCGGCGCCCAACGAGGAGGUCUACAUACCAGGCGGCUAUGCGGCCAAUGUGCCCGAGGUGGAUGAGCGCUACCGGCCGUCGUAUGGGCCGCACGAGGAUGAUGUCAUACGGCCCACGCCCCACGGGCCGCCACGUCCCAUCUUCGGGCUGGGCUACGGCAAUGGCUACAGCUAUGGCACGCCGGAACGCUACUCGCCCACGACCUUGCGGCCCGCCUCCGGGGAGCGGCCCAGCUAUGCGCCUAGACCGGACUAUGCCAGCGAUAGACCAGAUUAUGCACGUCCGCCCGCACGCCCCUACGAUAGCUCCACACCGCCCUCAUAUGGCUCCCGACCCACAGCCAGCUAUGAUCGUGAUCCAAGGCCCACAAGCGGCUACGAUGGGCAUCGCGAGCCAAGACCCACGACUAGCUAUGAUGGGCAUCGGGAGCCUCGACCGGACUACACGAACCGACCUGAUCCGCCACCGCAUGUAGCACACGAUGGAGGAUAUGGCAUGGGACCUGCUCCUGGCUCUUCAGCUCGCCCGCCCACCUACGAUAGACCUUCAGCUCAGCCGCCCAGGGAUGACUAUGUGCGGCGCAAUGGUAGUGCAAUGCGCCCAGAUGGUUACUACGAUGAUGAUAAGACUAUAGCCACCUACUUCAAUCCCGGGGACUACAUGCAUAACAAUAAAAAGCCAACUAUGCCCCUGCCUGGUGACAGGGAUCGUGAUCGUUAUCCCAUGGACGAAAUGAAUGCCUGCUUCCGGCGUGUGCUGGCUGGCAAGCGCAUAGCGCCCCAUUGGAUACGCCGUUCGAUAUCCUGUGAACGGGUGGAGGACUGCAUGCGCGAGUGCGGCCACGAGAAGCGUUUCAUGUGCGAGGGCUUCAACUAUCGCCUGGAUCCCUCGGGGCAUGGCCAGGGCGAUUGCGAGCUGAUCGAGAUACCCCUGUCCCAAAUGGAUCUGUAUUCGAGCGCCAAUCGCAGGGACUCGAAUCUGUUGCGGCAUCCGGACUACGAUUACUAUGAGAGGGAUCGCAAUGCGCCCAGCAGCUGUAGGCGUAAUGCCUGCCAGGAUUGCUCCAAGGGGCCCAUUAGCAGCAAUCCGAUUUACUUCAAGCCCAGCGGCGGCUAUGGUGAUAGAGAUAGGGAUCGCGAUCGUGAUCGUGAUCAUUAUCGUCCUCCUCCCCCGCCUCCUCCUCCAUCGCAUAGCACCGCUGUGGGCCAUUAUCGUCCAUCGGCUCCAUCUAGCGGCUCCUACGAGCAUCGACCCUUCUCCACGGACUACCACAGCUCACAUUCCUCCAGCUCCUCUUCGUCCUACGAGUUCUCCUCGCAUGGCUCUAGCUCCGGCUCGGGCUACUAUGGCCAUACGCCGCCCAGCAGCUUUGGCGAUCAUUCGCGUCCCGAUUAUAUAGAUCGUCAUGAUUUUGGUCGACCGGAGCCGCCAUCACGCUAUAGACCCGAUCGCUGGGAAACGCUGCCCAGCAGCUCGGGCUACGACAGUUCGGCUUACAGGCCGCCACGUCCCGAACCGGAUCGCAUAGACAAGUACCGACCAUCGUAUCGUCCCGGCCAUGACUUUUCACCCUAUCGUCCACACGAGCCCAGUCGGCCCGGCCCACCGGCCACGGGACCUGCUCACAACUACCUAGAUCGCGACGGUCCACCGGGCUCGUCCUACAAAAAGCCCAAUAAAUUCGUGCCCUAUUUGAUCGGGGCCGAGGAGAGCUACGGCGGUGGCUAUGGCAACAAGCAGAGCUCCUAUUUCGAGUCGCAGCGUCGCAAGGAUCAGCACGACUUCAACUAUUUCGAUCUGGGCUCAACGCAUCGCGAGCCGCCCAGGGAAUCGAAUGCGGUGCUACGCUACCCCGGCUCCAGCUACGAUCAUGAUUAUCCCCGAAUACGCAACGAUUACAGAAAACAAUGGACUAGGCGACCUGGCCCGGAUGAAUGCUCUGCCAAGACCAGCGAGGGCUUCCGCCUGCACAAGACAGCCGUGAAGCACGCCUUCAAUGUGCCCACGCUGACGGAAUGCGAACGCUUGUGCUCGGAUCAACGGCCUAGCUUCGUCUGUCACACGUUCAGCUAUCGGUACAAUCAGGCGGGUCGCGACAAUUGCAUGCUGUGCGACAGACCUGUCAAUAUGCUCGACUACUAUGUGGACAUAGAGCCGGAUAGGGACUACGACAUAUACUCGAUGGCCGAUGAUAUGGAUGUGUGCAGGCAGCCACCGCCGCACAGUCCGAGACGCAGCGAUGGACCCAGCACAGCGCUCUCCGAUCCACGAAAUGCACAAUGUUUCUUCCGCGCCAUCGAUGCCACGCGCUUCUUCAAGUCCAUUGUGCGGGAUUCGCUGACGGUGCGCACCGUGGGCGAAUGCGAGAUGGAGUGCAUACGCUCCAGUAAAUUUACGUGUCGAGCCUUCGCCUUCCGCUACGGCCAGCAGCGCCACGCGGGCGUCAUAGACAACUGCCAGCUGAGCGAUUGGCCUGUGCGCGACAUGGACAAGGAACGGCAUCUGAUACUGGAUGCAGCCUUCGACAUCUUUGAGCGUGCGAGCUACGGACAUGGCUGUGAAAUUCAGCCCAUUGUGGAUGAGAAGCAUAAGAAAUUGUGCUACUUGGGCUAUGGCUCGCCGGCACGCCUACUACCUCCAGCUAUUAAGAAGGUGAUCACAGCGCCCUCGGAGAUGGCCUGUAAAAAGGAAUGCAUACGCCUGCGUGACACGACGCCCUUCAAGUGCUAUGCCUUUAGCUAUGGCUCGCAGUCCAGCUCCUUCAACUGCGAAAUGUCUGAUCUAGAUCAAACGGAGCUCAAGCUCGAUGUGCACUAUAGGCACACCAAAGAGCGUGAUUAUUGGCUGUUCGCUUGGAAUCCAUUCGAUUGGACUUGCCGGGACAAGGUGAACACGAUCGGUGGCUCACGUGUCAAUAAUGAUCGACGCAUGGAUAUAUUCCGGGAACCGGGCGAUGUCGCUUGGCGUCAUUAUACCGUAACUGGCAAACCUUGCCGCAGGAGCAGUCCAUGCGAGAAGAAUCUUAUAACGGGCUUCUACUCCUGUGAAACGGACGGCUCAGAGAUUGGCGCCUGGGACUAUUGCUGCAAAACGGAUCAUCCAUGUGGCUAUAGUCGCGGCUUCGACUAUGCCUGGUGCUUUGUGGGCGAUGAGCCGGAUCAGUGGCGCAAGUGCAGCGAUCGAUAUUAUCCGGAUGCUGGCAACAGCACCAAGCCCACUACACAUUCCAGCCUGUCCAAGCAGAAGCCAAAGCCACACCAGCUGCAGGCAACCUCGGCUAGCAGUGAAUACACACAGCAUCCGCCACGGCCCGGCGGUCUGCAGAGUCUCAGCGAUUUCGCAGCGGCCCGUUUAUGGCCCGUCACUUAUCUUUAUAGCGAGGGGCCGCCCAAUGCCACCGAAUUUAGUAAUUUCGUUGAUUGCAACAAGGAGACGUGCUGAGUUUGGCACGCUACAGGCCUAAUUAAGUAGUUCCCAUAAGACACACCCUCGCCCUUGCGCCCGCCCUCACCCAUCAUCACUUAGUUCUAACAAUGACGAAAAUGAUGUUCUCACCGUUUGUCUGCCGCAACACACACGUUCGCAAAUGUGUCGCUGUGAUUUUUCAUUGAGAUUGAUUGCAAAUUGCCGUCGUAAUCACAACAAAUAAUAAUAAAAACCAAUUAACUUA